AGUACAUAUCGUCUGUACCGUUACUACUGUGUGUGUAGUCUUUCUAGCCUUCUAGGAUGUGAAGUGCAUUUAAUUUUGAAGCUAAUUUUAAUUAUUAUUUAUAAUUAAACACAAACAUCAUGAAUAUUCUCCCAAAAAAAAGGUGGCAUGUACGAACGAAAGAAAAUAUUGCACGAGUGAGAAAAGAUGAAGCAGAAGCAGCCGAAAAGGAAAGGCAAGAGAAAAAAAGAAUAGAACAGGCAGAUAAAGAACUACGUUUAAGUAUUCUUAAGCAAAAAAGUAAAAUAAACCUAGAAUCUUUGAAUAUACAAACAAACUGCAAUAAUUUUAAAGAAGUCGAAAAAGAUCUAGUGCAUAUAAAUUUGUUUGACCAUAUUGAACAUUCCAAUAAUAAAACCAAUAAAGAUCAUGAUAGAGAAGUUAAAGAGAAAAAAGAAGAAUAUGAAAAACAAAUUGGCUAUUUGACCUAUCUUGGACAAGACACAAAUGAAGCUUUAGGCAAAAAAAAUUGGUAUGACAUAGCACCAGGAGCAUCUCGAUUCUCAAGACCAGAAUAUGUUAAAGAUACAUAUGAUAAACUUGUUCUUAAAGAUGAAGAUGGUAAUCGAAAGAAAAUAGAUGUUGAUGUAAGAAAUGGUGAGAUAGGAUGGAAAUCCAAACAAAAACAUGAUCCUUUCAACUCAUUUAAACAUCUUAGAUCACAAAGAGACAACAAUCAAAAACAUAUAUCUACAAAAAAUAUGGUCAAAACCACUAAAAACAAAAGUAAACAUAAGCUUAUACCUGAAAAAGAAUCUAAUCUUCAAAAACUUAGAGAAGCAAGACUCAAACGUGAACAACAAGAGAAAUAUAAAGCUGAAUUAUUUCUAUCAAAACUAUCUGGUGUACCCAGAAAUGAGAAGAAAGAUAAAAUUCCUAAAGUAAUACCUAAGUACAAUUCACAAUUUAACCCAGAGAUAGCCAGACAAAAUUAUAAAUAGUUUGAACUGAAUAAAAAUUAAACAUUGGUUUUAUAACAAAUAUUGUUACAUAGAAAAUAAAAUUUUAUUUUAUUA